UGAUCCCCAACUAUUUUUGCUGGAAACAAAUUAGCGAAAGUUAGAGCAUGUAAAAAUCUUCAUGGAUGUUCAGUUCUGCACCUACCGGUACUUAUAAUAUUGCAAAACUCCAGCAAGUUGAAAUCUUAAUGACAGCCCCAGGGAAGAUCCUACUCUAAGUGAUUUUUUUAAUUUCCUGAACAACACAGCAACUUUCACCAUUACCUGUCAUCAGUUAUGUUCAUGCUCAUUUGUACAUUGUACAAAUUAAGUUGAGGAAUACCAGAUUUCAGUUUUGUAAUCAAGGCUGUGCUCUAAGGAAAAUUGAAGGGAGCCCAGUGCUCUGAAACUGUAAAAUCUAGGGUGCCCAGCAUAUGAUUUGUAUGAAAAAUCUGAGAUUUUCUAGUUGCCUAAGGGCAAAAGUUAGGUUCCAGGGGCCACCGGGCUCUGCUAGAGCAUAGCCCUGGUAAUGUUUGAGCAUUUUUAUAACUAAAGUUAUUUGUAGUACCUACAUGUACAAAAGUUCUUGAAACUAAAAAUGUCUUAAAACUGAAUUGGAACUCUUGACUUCAUGUGAAUGCUAAUUUUACUCACCUGUUUACAGGAAAAGGUUUUACAGAGGUUAAACAAGCAUCACAAUCAACAGGCAUUAACAAGUAGCAUUGAAGAAGGGCUUAAACUUCAGGCAAUUAACAGAGCUCAGAGGGUGGUAAGUUAUGUUAACUUUGUAAAUUAUAACUCAUACACUGUACAAGUAGCUGCAGUACACUUACACUGUAAGUUAAGAGUCUAGUGUAUUACUUUUCUUUCUCAGGGUACACGACUGAAAUCCCGAACCUCCUGGGGCAGAAAAAAAAUCCGUUUUUCAUAGCAUUUGAAUUGGUGAUAAAAUGAUUGUGUGCACUCCUAACUGCUCUCACAACUUUGGUCAGAGCAAAAGUUUAUUCUCUAAUCAUGUCAACUGUCGAACUAAUACAGACCAUGGAUUUUUUUGGACCUCUUCACUCUACAUGCACAUAACAGCAAUAAACUGCUUAAAAGCUUUUUGCUGAUUUUGCAGAGAUGCAUCUUAUGUUCCCUUCAGCUGAGUUGUCUUAAUACCUUCCUUGUUGCUAAUUAUUUUAUUUCAGAGGAAGAGGUCAUCAGAUGACCCAGGGAAUGAUGCAGGUACAGGUAUGGUAAAUUUUUACAUCCUGGUAAAAAUUGGUUAACACAACUGAUAGAACUGUGAAACAAAACCUGCCCAGCAAUUAGAGUUUAAGGUGGCUCAACACAGUUUGAUAGGUUGUGGAUGGUUUCCUUUCAUGGGGUUGGUGUUGUUUAAGACUUGUUGCAGGAAUAAAGCUCAAAUUUGGGACAGACAAUAAUAUUAUUAUUUAUAAGACACUGAAUUUAUCGGGUUAAAAUUUAAUGUAAGAUUUGAUGGUUGUCAUUACAAUGUAGUUAAUUGAAAACAAGCACAAAAUUUUGAAUAAAUCAGCUUGACCCAAAUCCAGGACUUUCAUUAUAUUUUCCUAAUGAAUUUGCACACUAGAGAAAUCGUGUGCAACAACCUUUAUAUUGUAUUUUACUUCUUUUUUUUGUUUGAGAAGCCUAAAAAUGUGUGAACCACAUAGUUAUUGUUUCUGAGACAUAACAAUGGAUACAAAAUUUGACAAGGAUAUUGUUUUGGUUAGAAAAGGGUAUUUGGUUGUUUUAUCUUCUCAUUUAAAGUGGUUAUAGAGUUGCUGUAGUUUUUGUACAGAUGUAGAAAUAAUACAUCACAGCUGUGGUAUACAUAAUUGAGUGUAAAGAGUUUGUUGGAAGUAUCAGCUUUGCUAUUUACAGUGUUUCUGUCAUGUUUUUCCCUGGUUUUAAUUUAUGUUCAUUGUAUGUCAUGUUCACUUUUGUUACGCAAAAAACUGUUUUUCCUAUUUAGCAGGAACAGGGGGACCAGGAACACCAGGUUCAACAGGGCAGCCAUCUGUAGGAGAGGGAGGCAGCAAUACUGUGCGAAAAAGACAGAAAACGUCCUCUGAUCCUGAGUCUGAUGCCAGUGAAAGUGAGUUUUUGAACAACAUUAACCAGAAGGUUAUAGAUUCAACUCCUUUUGGGAGUACAGUUGAAGCUCUGCUUGCAAACACUCUCAAGAGAGAGUUUAACAGAAUUAUUCAAAAAUAGCCACCCAGCUAUUGUAGUUGAAUUUGAAGAAUGCUGGUACACAGAACAUAAAUUAUCAAGGGUUAAUUUUCAGAUAGCUAAGGUGAAAAUUAUUUUGGCUAUUUGAUAUGGCAACCAAAACAUCCAGAGCAUUGAACUCUGAACAAUACUGAAAGUUUCCUUCCAUUGUUGCAGUAAAAAUAUGCAGUUUUAAAGGUGUUCUUUACCAUUAUUUUAACAGACACUUUGGACUCCACUGGAGAAGCAGCAGCAGAAACAUCAGAGCCUCAAAAUGUGAGUACAGAAAGGGCUGCUGCACAUGCUGCACAUGGCAAGCUGUAGCUAUGCUGAGUAGUAAUGUUGAUGCUUACCAGUGCCUAUUAAGUUUUGUCAAACUAAAUUUGACCAAAUACAUGUUGGGAAAUGCAUGACUGUUACUUAUCUAGCAAUGUUUUGUUUGUGUUUUUGAUUAUCUUAACCAUUAAAUACAUUACUUUUAUCAAUGAAAAAUAGUGAAACUUAGAGUUAGAAAAGUGUCAAAUUAUCAUGGGUGAGCAAUCAAAUUGUUAGAACUAGACGUUCCAAGUGACAGUCAAUUUCUGACUGAUUGACUUGAUGAAUGACUAACUCACAGGCUGACUGAUUGAUUGAAUGACUCAUUGCUUGUCUACUGACAUUCUGACUGAAUGGCUGGCUGACUAACUGACAAGCAAGUCGACUCUUGCCUAUGUGAUGGCUGACUAGCUGGCCGGCUAGCUGGCUGAUUGGCUGAAUGACUGGCUGAGUGUCAUUUGUUGCUGUAGUUUGACCAUAUAGAAAAAAGACAAAGACUGUCUUCUUUUAAUGGUAGAGUUACGUUGUGUCAUUGUUGACAUGAUCUUGAUUCCAAAAAAAAAAAGAAGAAAAAAAUGCACUUUAUUUGAGUGUCAAUGUAUGUAGCACGAAAGUACUAUUUUACUGGGGGCACUAUAUUUUAGUUAUAUUAUAUUUUACGGGACUGCCAUUUUACAUGGUCAUCUGAGCCACACGAAAGUCUAGCCUGUUGCAGUGCAAAGAGAGUACCUUCAUUUCUCAGUUAUUUUAUGACCCUGAGUAUUGGUCCGGCCCCGGGAAUCGAACCCACGACCUCCAGCUCAGCAGUCAACACGCUCUACCGACUGAGCUAACACUGCCGCGGUUCUUAUGUGUUCUUAUCAAGCUCUGUUAUGAUCAGUGCAUUAAUCACUUCUUUUAUCAACAGGAAAUCGAACUUGUGUUUAAACCACACCCUAAAGAUCACGAUCCAGAAACGGUGGCUCAACAAACUCGUUACAUCAAGACAACAGCAAAUGCUUCAGGUGUACUAGCAGUAUACUUCACACUAAAAUGCUUUUAACAGUCUUGGAAAAUGAUACAGUACUAUAGGUUCAGUUUACUAGCUUUAUUUUUACCUUUACUUUAUUUAUUUAUAUAUUGAUUUAUCUUACUUUAUUUUUUUUGUAGUUGAUCAUCUGGCCAAAUACUUGGCCAUGAGACUAGCACUAGAGUCUCAAGAAGAUACAGGUCAGUGAAAUCUGUGGAACUAAUUUAUUUGCAUGUUCAGNACUGAGCUAACACUGCCGCGGUUCUUAUGUGUUCUUAUCAAGCUCUGUUAUGAUCAGUGCAUUAAUCACUUCUUUUAUCAACAGGAAAUCGAACUUGUGUUUAAACCACACCCUAAAGAUCACGAUCCAGAGACGGUGGCUCAACAAACUCGUUACAUCAAGACAACAGCAAAUGCUUCAGGUGUACUAGCUGUAUACUUCACACUAAAAUGCUUUUAACAGUCUUGGAAAAUGAUACAGUACUAUAGGUUCAGUUUACUAGCUUGAUUUUUACCUUUACUUUAUUUAUUUAUAUAUUGAUUUAUCUUACUUUAUUUUUUUUUGUAGUUGAUCAUCUGGCCAAAUACUUGGCCAUGAGACUUGCACUAGAGUCUCAAGAAGAUACAGGUCAGUGAAAUCUGUGGAACUCAUUUUUUUGCAUGUUCAGAUGUACAUUUCUCUUAACACCAGGAAUAGCCCGUUGUGUUGUUGAAUAAUGAAUUGUACUAUUUCCUGAAAACUGUCUGUCUAAACAGCUCAAGAAAAAAGAUAAGGAAUACAGUGAAAAUAAAGUCAAAGAAGAAGCAGUUUCUUGUCGAUUUAAAUUUUCAGUUAUCAAGUAUGAGUUUGUGUGUGUUGCUGUUCAGAUGUUUAGGUCGAUAGUAAUAGUGGCAUUUUUUUAAGUUCUCGGAGGAGUACCCCUGCUGAUUCGCUUUUCUCUUGGAUUCCAGGUUUGCCAUGUUGGUUGACAAAAAAAUGAGGUUUUUUUUCCUUUUUGGCAGAAGAUGCAUGAAAAAAAAAAAUAGUUCCCGGUGUGGGGAAACGCCUCUUUUGUUCCUGUCAACCAACAUGGCCGCCAUAAAGUCAGCUGCAAAUCAGCAAUUCUAUAUUCCAUUGAUAAUUUUGAAGCUUUUGUUUUUCAAAAUUUGUAGGCGCCAGUUCAUCAGAGGAUGGAGUGGAAGUGCCACAGUUUACAAUAUACAUUGCUAGCACACCCGGGCAGUAUACGGUAAGUAUUACAGGGACAGGUUCACGGUUAAGCGCAUGUUUAUUAAUUAAAUUUAUUAUUUAUUCUAUCGGUUAAUAAUCCAACUCACAUGUAUCUCAGCGAUCUCAGAGUGCAUUUCAAAUUAGAAGUGUAUUUCAGAGUAACGUGAAGUAGGAUGGAGGAGUACUAAAAUCACAGAAAACAUUAGUGGAUUAUGCCAACACUACCAACGUUGAAUUUAUUGUUGACCCGAAGGUUUUAUUCCAUGGUUGAUUAAUUUACAGCUAUUUGCAAAUGUUUAAGUUGAUAAAGUGCAAGUGACUGCCAGGGGAGUGUGCAGAUUGGUUCUUUGGCAACACAAUUACAUGAUCAUAUUGCUUGCAUAGACGAUACAGCAUGUCCUAGCAGAAAAAACAACAUUUUGAUAAAUGAGCAUGCGCUGAACUGAUCAAAAUGUAUUGUUUAUAGUAGAAAUAUACCUGGCAUUCCACUUAACGAAUUGAACUCAGAAGUGUCUAAAAACGACUCUAAACUCUUGACUCAACCACUUGCUUGUCUUAAGCCUCGUGUUUGGUGAAACCAGGUUUAAAAAUGGCAAAUAAGUGGAAAGAAAAUUUAAGGACUGAAUUUCUCCAAGGGUUCAAGUAAAUUUGGACUUACUCGGCUUCCAUUUGUGCCAAAUUUGUUUUUGAAAAAAUUGAUUCGGCAGCGUCUAUUAAAGAAACAAUAAUUUAUUGUAUACCUUGUUUUCGUAGUUAAAAAGGACAUGUUUAAGCUUUGAUGUGUAUCAUGGGGCGUUAGUUAAUGUCUUAGUUGGCAGAUGGCUUGUACAGACCGUUACACUUCGGGCAAGUGGGCUUUAAAUGUUACUUGUCCAGCAAGAGAAGACUACCGGACUGGACUUUUUUCUAGCCUUAUUUUAAACUCUCACCGUCAUAAAUUGAAUCCCAUAACCAAUUUUUUUUUAUUUUAUUUCAGCCACUUCCUGGUUCAAUGACGCUGGAUUACGUCAACGAGAAGGUAAUAACCUAUUUGUAGAGGUGAAUUUUUCCACAAAUUAUACAGAACUCCUCAUGCAUAUCUAACAAACUACAACACCUUUUCCUUUUGUUUUUCAGUACUGGAAAGUAAACAAGCCAUUAGAGAUGUAUUAUGCGCUCAGUAAACCACAGCAAAGCUCUUGA